AUGAUCCUAAAAAGGAAUUUUACCUGGACACAUUUAUUUUAUUAUUGGAUGCCUCAAGUAAUAAUCGAUAAUCUCGAAAUUCCUCUCUUUAGACUAAGCCUUUUAGGACCUGUACACAGUGGAAAAACAUUCUUGGCAAAUUCACUAGUUAAUAACGUUUUACCUUCAGUUUAUAAACAUACACAUUUACCCGAGUACACAUUUAUCAUUACAUAUGAUUUUAAAAUUAUAUUAAACUUAAACCUAGCAUCAUUUUGA